UUGGGAACGAACGCCAUUUUGAGCGGCAGAUUUGGUUUUUGUUUUUCAAAGUUGUUGGAAUUUGUGCCUCAAAAAUCAAAGAAAAUGAGACUUUUAARCAGUAUUACGAGCUUGUAUUUUGAUUUGUGAAGUUCGAAAACCAAACAUGGCUUGCAUCCAACCUCCAACAAACAACAGGAAGCCUUUACCAGUGAUCUCGGCGUUUUUUCCUAAUGCUAACAAAGAAGAGCAGAAAUCUGAAAAACUUCCUGGAUAUACAAAAGAUAACAGUGAGAAAGUAGUGAUUCAACCUUUUCAUUUUCCUCCAACAAAGCAAAUCUGGUGGGACAGAAAACCCCAAGGAACUUCAGAACUCUUACAUCUGUCUUCUAGGAGGAAUUUCCGGUUGCUGGUGAAUGAGAAGACGAUAAGACUAGCUAUCAAACACUUUAACCAAUCAUCAUCUCCUUAUGAAUGUUUCCUCAUUGGAUCUAUCUCUAUUGACUCAAGGGAAGAAGCAGUUGAUAUCAAUGUUGAUAGGUUUGAUCCAGGAAGAGACAUGAUAGAAAAGAAAGGUGGAACAAAGAGAAAGAUACCAACAACAGUUGUUCCAGGAGACCAGAUAGUACCUUUAACUCUAAUCAAGGGGUUAUCAGGAGCAGAUAACUCAACAACCCAUUCAAAAAAGGAAUUCCAAAGGACAUUAGAAAUACUUCACAGUAGAAUCUCAGGACAAGAUACGCUAAAUUUAUCCAACUUUCUAAGCCUUAAAGCAACCUGCCAUGCUCAUGUUGAUGAUGAUGAGAUGAUACUGAAUCUACACUUUGGUGCAGUUUCCAUAGUUACCAGUGUUGUAGCUACACCAGUUAGUCCAGUGCCUAUCAUACCCACGGCUUUAGCUAGGAAUCUUACUGGACCAUUAAAGCUGAGUAAUGUUCAAGGAACACCUAAAUGCGGGUUUCUUACUAUGGAUCACACAAGGAAACUUCUGCUCCUUCUGGAAUCAGAUCCCAAGGCAUACUCUUUACCCCUUAUUGGAGUGUGGGUUAGUGGUCCAUUCACCAUACAUCAUCCUUACAUCUGGGCCUGCUGUGUGAGGUUUCUGCAUUCUACAGUGAUUCAAGAAAGGGUCUUGGCAUCACCCAAUACAUUUCUACUUGUUCAUUAUUCUCCUGCGCAAACCAAUCCCAUAUUCUGGGAAUGCUCACCACAGGUUCAGUUAGACAAAGGGUUGUUUGAGCUAUACAGCUCUUAUGAAAACUUGCACUUGGAUGAGAUUUCAUCCCCCAAGUACACAGAGCCCCUGUGUUUUGAGCUUAUUUCUGCUGGUGAUACAAUGAACAGAGCUGUCUUCAACCAGGCUGUCUCUUCUUGGACUAAAGAGAAUGAAAACCAUACAAAUGAAAAUCCUGCUUCUUUGGAGAGUAAAGCCAGCAUUUCCAACAACAUUGUUAACCUAGAGCCACGACCAUCACCAUUACCUCACCCACAAACAACACAGAGCCCUCUUCUCCUGCCAACAGUACCAGAAGUAUCUCUUUCUUUGAGCUUUGAUGAAUCCACUUUCUCGGAUCACAAUCCACACUUUAAUGGGAGAAAUCAAGACAGACAAGUUUUUUCUAUUGAAAAGCAACCAAUAUUUCCUGGAAGAGAUGGCAGAAGGAUUCUACCCUUGAAGAAAGACGAUCAAGUUAUCUUAAGAAGAAAUCCCAAUAAACAAGACCAAGAAAACAGAGGUGACCCAAGACAUGUUGGAAAGCAAGUCUUGAUUGAUAGAACACCAGUAAGCUCUCCUCAGAGGGAGCCAUUGAGACCGAUAACUGGUCAAGUAAACCAUCUGCAAAAUCCUGCUGUACGAGUUCCUGGAAUUGACAAUGAUGUGCCAGGUCCCAAAGGACACGUGGUACCAGUUGGUAAGGGGCACGCGCAGAAUAGGGCGGUUAACCGAGGUCAUCCUAAAUCCUCUUGGAAUGCACCUAAAGCAAAGGGCCCUCCUAAGAAGGUAUCGAGAGAUGGUGCCAUUUAUGGCAGAGGAAGAGGAUCUACCAUAAGAACAAGAGAGAGUGAAUCAACAAGUCUGAAGUAUGAAGUCAAAGAGAUGCAAGAUGUUGGUAAUGUUGAAGCGCAAGGGAAAUCUGUGAUGACAUCUCAUGAAGAAGGAAGGGUCCCUUUGGUGGGUAUACAAGAUCAAAACUACCCAAAAAAGGAUAAGACGCCACCCAGAAGUAACAGAAGUGAGGGUCAUAAUUCCAUAGAGCGAAAUGGCAAUGCAAACAACGUGCAAAUAACAUACGGAAGAAAUAUUGAUCCCAGAGUUGAAGAACAGCAUGCAUCUAAUAAUAACAGCAAUAGAGUACCAGGUAUAGAAGAUACAAGAAUGCCCUAUCUAGUAGAAUCCAGACAAGAGAAUCAUCAUCAUCAUUAUCCUAGUGAUGCUGGCAUUGACGAUAAUGAAGAAUCGAAAAGGCUCACAAACCCAUCCCAAAUGCCUCAAAUAAAUGCAAGGACUUUUCAUCAGCAUCAACCAAAUGAUCAAGGCAUCAAUAGUAAACACAAUGAAUCAGGGAUGGAAAAUUCCGCGUUCUGUGAUUCAGGUGUUGGAAACUCUACAAGAGAUACGACACAACCUGAUGAAGACGACGAUGAAGGAGGUAUUUCCAACCAAGAUGCUGGUUCAUCUUGCGGGAAGAAGGAUGUUGUGAACGAGACGAGGCGGGAUCCUUAUGAUUUGAUCAUGAGACAACAACAGCAACUCAAGGAACUACAGCACCAGAUAAACCUGUUACUUCUACAGCAAUCUCUAACACAGAAUUCCCCAGUUGGUAUCCCAACACCACCCCCUACACCAGUAUCACCAGACAAUCCAUGUGUGCUGUCAUCUCCUGUGAGACCACGUGAUACCAUGGUUACCAUGGGAACCAAUACAGGGGCGAGUCUCUUGAUUGGUUCUCCUGUGUUGGGGCGUGGUAAGAUAUCGGUGGGUACUUCUCCUAUGAGGGAGGUCGGAAGGAAUGAAGAAAAGCGACGCAGACUAAGGUCUCAGAAACGUUCUCCCUCCUCCUCAUCGAAAACCACUUCUGGAAGCCCUUCCCUGACAAGCACGAGUCAAUCAUCAAACCAUCACCAGCCUGACGGUACACUCCCUAGAGAGUCCACACCAUCCUCUAGAGAAUCCCUAGAUGGUACAAUAGACGAUGAUGAACUGGACGAGAAGGGUUUAGUGCUCGAGAGGCUGGACGAGACGAAUAUCACGCUGGCUUCUUCUAUACACGGGGUGGAUAUAUGUGAGUUUGUGGGCAGCCCUGAGUCUACUAGAGGACAGCGAAGAAGCAGUGAUUCCAGCCCAGUACUAGGAGAGAGUGCGAGCAUGAUGAUGCAACAACAAGACGAACAACAACACCAACAACAACGAGGCAUAGAAACCCCAGAUGAAGACCAUCGAUUCGAAAGUCUACUGUACAAGAACGAAAAGUUAUUCUACGACAACCUAUUGUUCAAGGUGAAUCAACUUCUCUGUGAGAAUGUUGGCAAAUCAGAAGAAACACCCAACACUUCCCAUGAUGCAACACAGUCGAGUAACCAACAGGAAGCAAAGAACGAAGAAAACGUCAUUCAUGAACCAACACGACAAGAAGUGUUGAUGGCAACUGUUAAGGAACUGGAGAGAAUGAAAGAAAGGGAUGAAGCUGACGGUCAUGAUGAUGAAAAAACUAAGGCAGAAAAUGAAUAUCAAAAAUAUAACGAGCCCAGGUUCCGGUCGUCAUUGGUUGGUAUCCUUCAAGACCAUCCACACAUCAACUACACCUCCAUGACAGUCGAUGAAACACUAGACGAGACAAUCCUUGAUACAGAAACACUUGCUUUGAAAUACCUCAACCAAGAACAAAUCCAGGAGUAUCUUCAGUUAUCUAGUAAUCGUCAUGGCAACCAAGGGCGUGGUCCAACGCGUGCGCCCAACAAUAUUGGUGGUUUUAAUAACGGACGGCUUAUUAAUGAUGUAGACUGUACCUGGAAUAAUUUGUCAAUGGCCACUCAAGAUUAUCUUCAAAGGUAUAACCUCGUGGGUUGCAAAAAAACUACCAAUCCCACGAGGAAUGGGGAUGGUCACGUGAUGGGUACCCAAGCCCCUAAGCCGAGGGAUGGGGAUUGUCAUGGGAGUAGUACCCAGGCGGCUGAGCUGAGUAGGGACGGAAGUGUUGCCUCGAUCCAAUGCAGUGCUCCACCUUCAACACCUGAACCAAGACAGACUGAAACUAGAAUACUAGAUAUACAACGAUUAAGAAACUUACCAAAGCUAUUGUAGAGUAGAAAAUUGGUCAAAAACCCGACUGUUUAGUAUUUUUCACAUCUAAUCUACCUCCAUUUUUUCGGUAUUUGUAAUACCAGGAAUGCGUGUUAGGUGGAUUAUUUUACCAUCACGAGACCUUGCGUACCUUCACGAAAUUUCGCGCAACCUACGUGAGAUCCCACGCAGAUAUUUACCAGGUUUCGCGCCGCAACAAUGAGAUUCUAGUAACCUUUUGAUCUCAUGCACUUUACGAGAUUUGCGUAAUUUUCGCGAGUUCUCGCACACUCUUACCCAACAUCUCGCUAAACCUCCACGUAAACUAUAAUACCCUUUAAGAAACUUUCAAGAUUUCGCGCAAACCAUCACGAGUCUUGAGCAAGAUUCAGAAUACUACUAUACGAGAUGUCGUGUAAUGUAUAACGCUAACGAGAUCUCGUGCUUAUCCUCGAGAUAUCUUCAGCAGGGAAAACACAAGUGCACAGCAUUUGAGGUUAUCUUAUCCAUCAGAAAUAUCAAAUAACAUYGAUUCUUAACAAUAAGAGAUCAAAUAAAUCAGCUUCCGUUAAACUAAUCUCGUUUAAUCUGGUUCUCGCUUUUAGCAACAAGUUUGUCGGGAAAAUAAAACGGCUUAAUUAAGGGCAAACGUGUUAAAAAAAACAAUUUAUAAACAACUGAAGGACAACAUUUAAUUUUAUUUCUUGAUAUUCAGCUUCGAAAGAAACUGUCUUCAGUAUAUGAAUUAAAUACAUUCUUUGUCAAAAAUAAAAUAUUGAAAAUACAAUGCGCGCAGAUUGGUUGUUUCCUGCGGGAAAACUUACUAAGUUAUUUCGCUGUAAAUCUUUAUUCAGCUAAAAUUCUUAAAUAGAUCUAAAAUAGGAAAAUUUUAUCAUAGAGCGCAAUUAUAAUUUGCGUGCUAUUCAUCAUUAAAAGUAUCUCAAAACUGCUAUACAUUGGUAUUAAAGAAAAACGGAAUAAGCGUAUUCAUACCGCUCUUUCGAGAUUAUCUUGUUAGCCUUCCUCGGUUCAUCUACCCGCAUACGUUAUACUGCUAUUUAAAAAAAAGGUUGAUGAAGGUUUUGUUACAWGUUGUUUACCAAGCUUCAAAUGAUUGUGGAGCAAUUUAAAUGUGCGCACAAAAGAAAAUAUACCCGAAAAACCUGCAAACAAAAUUUGGUGAGAUUCCAUAGACCAAAUUCAAAACUCGCACCGAUGUGAGGCUUAAGUUGUGAACGAAGGGAUCUGGCGUGACUCAAAGUAAUCUGGCGUGAUUCAAAAGUCACGAAUCACGCCAGAUUCCUUUGUUCACAACUUAAGCCUCACAUAUGUACGAGUUUUGAMUUUGGUCUAU